AUGAUACAAGCAAGUGUUCAAUCAGCCUCACAGGCUAUGCUUUCUCUCUUUGUCCCUAGCAUUGCCUUUAGUAUCAUCGGUGCCAUUCUUGUGUUUACCGUUCGCCUUCUGAGGAACGACCCAAAGAAGGGCAACUACAAACCACUGCCGGGUCCGAAAGGUUUGCCAUGGAUCGGACCUAUCCACAAGUUUCCUUCUCAGCAUGUCUACAAAAAGUUUGCUGAAUGGCAUGAACAAUAUGGCCCAAUCUACCAGUUCACUCUCUUCGGAGUGACCCACAUCCGCAUUAACAGCGAGAAGAUGGCCCAAGAUAUUCUUGCAAAGCGUGGAGCACACUACUCGAACCGUGCGCCUACACCCAAUAUUCCAGGCGCCAAAGUCGAUGCGGAAUAUCUCCCCCUUCUGGACAACAAUGAGGCACUUACGAGACACCGCAAGUUCGCUCACCAAUGUCUCGCUGAGACCUACAACUUCGAUAUGUUUGGAUUCACACAUCUGGAGAUCACGCGGAUGAUGUACAUGUUGAUGAAGGACAACCGUAACUACCCUGACUUGGCUGAAGAGUUCACCCAUCGAGUGAGCGCUCGUCUCGCAUGGGAAGACCCUACCCUAAGUCGCGGUCUGAACCAGAGCUCCGCCGGUCUACUUUCGGCCAUCUCCCCAGCGGGUCAACUGCCCAACAGAUUUCCUGUCGUUCAAAAGUUGCCGAACGUUCUCAACCCAUGGUACUGGAGAGAGAAGGCUCGCCACGAUAAACAAAGAGAAUUCUGGGUUGGUGCGAUGCAAGCUGUCAAAGCCAAGAUGAACGCAGGUAUCGAUGGACACUCUUGGUCUCGCACGUUCCUCAAGGAACAGACACGUUUGAAGUUCCCCAGUGGCGUUCCGGAUGACAAGGAAGGUGCAUUCGCAGUUGGUAUGCUUGCGAUCACAGCAUCGCUACCAAUGUCCUCGCCCAUCCAGACAUACUUCCUAGCCAUGUGCCACUACCCCCAAUGGCAAAAGCGACUACAACAAGAAAUUGACGAAGUCUGCGGCCCCGACCGUCUGCCUACAUGGGCCGAUGCACCGAAGCUUCCGGUGCUAAGGGCGAUCGGCAAAGAGCUAAUCCGCUGGAGGCCCCCAGUCCCCACUGGUGUACCCCACGAGGCCGAGAGGGACGAUGUGUACGACGGGUACUUCAUUCCCAAAGGUGCGCUAGUGCACCCCACCGAGUGGGCGCGUCGAAGCGAUGAGGCUAUGUACCCCAAUCCAGAAGAGUUCAACCCUGAUCGGUACCUGAACCCAAAGUACCCUACCUACAAGGAACCCCUUACAAAGUACCCCAACGUCAUCAACCACCACGUUUUUGGUUAUGGUCGUCGCAACUGUCUCGGUAUGGAGAUUGUAGACUAUCAGUUGGUCACCAUUAUGGGUUCUCUGGCCUGGGCAUUUGAUGUCACCAAGAAGAAGAACAAGAUUGGUAUCGACAUUCCUGUACACACAUUCGAGUGGACAGACUUGCUCAUCACUCGACCGGAGGUUUUCGUGUUCGAUAUCAAGCCAAGGAAUGAGUUCAAGGAGAAGAAACUCGUGUCGAUGUUCGAGGAGGCAUUGGCAGCUCAUCCUGAUCUUGCUAUCUGA